CCGCCCGGGCUCGGCCGAGGCCGCCGGGGCGCUGCUCCGGGACCUGCUCGCGGCGGGCGGCCCGGACGCGAUGUUCCAGGCGCUGGCCGCCCGGCGCGCAGAGGUGGACUGGGCAGUCGUCGAGACGGUGGCCGCGAACCUGGCCAACGCGACGGCGAGGGGCUACGCCGUGAAGCAGCAGGUGCUCUCGCGCCUGCUGGCGGCCGUGCGCGGCGUCUUGGCGGACCGCCGGCCGCAGACCAUCCUGCAGGUGGUCCCGCCGCCCGCCCUGGACGUGUCCGCCUGCUGGUCGGGCAGCGCGGGCGCGGCCCGCCGCGCGGCGUGCGCCGCCGCGGCGCUGCUGGAAGCGGGCGGGCUCGCGGUCUGCGACGCCUUUGUGCCCGCCGCGGAGGUGGAGCGGCUGCACGCG